AUGUGCACCGAUGUUGCUCUCGAAGUUGACCGGCUUCCUCACUCCGCUGCUGGCGAGCUUCACUCAUGAACGACCCACAUUACCCGCCGACAAUCGUCCUGACUCCUCGCUGACGUUCGAGCUUCGCCAGUACCACGCCGAGUCUUCAACGGGCCACAUACUCUUCCACGAUGCAUACUCCUCUGAUUCUCUCCUGGCUGGCGACCCGAGAACACAUAAAGUCCAUUCAAGACAUGUAAAGACGCAUCGUCCGACGUCCUCUGACGCGUUCUUCGCAGCGCGUACUCGAUCGAUCAUGUUUGAGGAGAGCACGCUGCUGCAGUGGGAUGAAGAGGAGAUCAUGGGCCCCGAUGUGGAGGAUCGCGAGACGCUGUUGGAGCUCGCAAAGAUGACGAACAAUGCAUACCUCGAGCCUGGAGAAGCUGGGUGGUAUAACCUGAGCGACACUUGGAACGUCAGCUACCCUAUUGGCUGGGAAUCGGUCGGCGAUGGUUUCCGAGGGCAUGUAUUUGCGACACCAGACAAUUCGACUGUUGUGCUUUCCAUCAAGGGCACCUCGGCCGGGUUCGUAGGCGGCGGCGGCGCAACCUCGAAGAAAGACAAAUUCAACGACAACCUGCUCUUCAGUUGCUGCUGUGCACGAAUUGACUGGACGUGGUCGACUGUGUGCGACUGCUACAGGGGCGGGUGGAAGUGCGACCAGGACUGCCUAGAGAGGUCGCUGAUAGAGGAUAGUCUGUUCUAUAACUUCGGAACCAACUUGUACUAUAAUUUGACGUACAUGUAUCCCGAGGCUAACGUAUGGGUCAUCGGUCAUUCGCUGGGAGGCGCCCUCGCGUCCUUACUGGGCGUGACGUUCGGCGUACCUGUCGUGGCGAUCGAGUCCCCAGGUGAGAAGAUGGCGGCAGGGCGUCUGCACCUUCCCUCUCCGCCUGAAGUGCAACACAUCACACACGUCUAUCACACGGCAGACCCCAUCGCGAUGGGCACCUGCAACGGCGUACUGUCCUCGUGUUCUCUGGCUGGGUAUGCCCUGGAGAGCCGAUGCCACCUCGGCUUGUCCAUUGUGUACGACACUGUCUCUAAUCUAUCGUGGGCAGUGGACAUUAGAACGCAUGGCAUUGUCAACGUUAUCGAGAAGCUGCUUUCCCAGCCCUGGCCACCGAGCGUAGAGUCAGGGCGAGAGGUUCCAGAGCCGAUGCCAGAAGAGGAUUGUGUGGAGUGUUUCAGCUGGGAUUUCGGCGACUACCCUACACUGUCAUGACUGGGCUCUAUCUAGUAUCAUUAUCUGUUCCGUUUCAGACCGACAGCCGCGAUGCGGUUCCGCUUUAGUCUUCGCACCUGUGGAAGCAUGUGUAAACUACACAAACAAGCAACGUUACGUGCUGCACAGGACUAGACCUUGUAAUAUAUCUGUACCACUCCAACUUCUAAUUGUACAAUUUCAACAUGAUCUUUGGC